AUGGCCACCGAAGCAAACCGAAUCCCAACGCCCGCGUUCAGGUUGCGGGAAGACGAGCUGCCUCCGGAACUCAUACUGUCUAUAGAGCGAAUCCUUGACCUGCACGCCCAAGCAGACACAGACCCCCUGGAACGGCUCACGAACGACUUCGACUCAAUAAAUGUGCUGAACGACUACUUCCCCAAUGAGGCCGCACUCGGACAGCUCGAAGCCGUCCAAGCCCGUCUCGCUGAGAACGAACGCGCGUUGCAGGACGAGAUUGACUCGCUUCGCGAAGAACUGCGGCGGGACCAGGACCCGAGCCGGAUGCAGCUCAUCCAGGAGAUGAUCUCGGACCUGCUGGGCCAGAUGUCGCGCAUCCGCGAGAAGGCGACCGAGUCGGAGGCGGUUGUGCGGAAUAUCACGAAGGAGAUCCAGGUUCUGGACUUGGCGAAGAAGAACCUCAUAUUGAGCAUGACCACUCUGAAGAGGUUGCAGAUGCUAGUAAAUGUUCUGGGCCAACUGGAAGACCAAAUCAAAGAGCGCAAGUAUCAUGACAUUGUGCAAUCCCUUGCAGCAGUGAAGCAGAUCAGCGCGUCCUUUAAGCCUUACACCUCUGUGCAGCGGAUAGCCCAGCUGUGGCGGCGAAUCCAGGAAAUUCAGUCUGAGCUGCGUACCAUGAUAGACGCAGACUGGGACAAGUUCUACGUACAAGACCCUUCCAAACCUAUGAAACCCUCAGCCAUCGCCGACGCAUGUCUAGUCGUAGACGUCUUGGGCCCGGAGAUCCGCACCCAAUUCGUAGACCGCUAUGUCGCCUUAGAACUGAAGGAGUACCGACGCAUAUUCCGAGCGACUGACGAGGCAGGUCAACUCGACAACCUCUCUCGUCGAUUCGCAUGGUUCCGCCGCUUGCUGCAUACACACGAGACGGAGCAAGGGAGAGUGUUUCCUGCCGAAUGGAAAGUGGGGUGGUCCCUGACAGCCAAGUUCAUUGAGAUUACGAGGGACGACAUGACUGCCUUGCUGUCGAAGGCGGGGUCGAAACUCACCGUCAAGCAGCUCCUAGAUACCCUUCAGGAGACGAUGGACUUCGAGUCAUCAAUUACGAGGAAAUUCGGCACAUCGGUGCGAGAAUUAUUGAAGGCAACAACCCCUCCAAACGCAACCCGCCCGUUGAAGCCAAUCACCUCCGCGUUCGAGCCUCAUAUGGGCGUGUUCAUCGAUGCUCAGGAUAGGGUCCUGUCGGACAUGCUUGCUCAGUAUCGGGGGCCGAAAUCUCGCACUUCAUUGGAAGCUACGUCUGGUGCUCCAGAGGACGACAACGCACCUCCCGUCCUCGUACUUCCGUCAUCUACCGAGCUGUUCUAUUUCUAUGCACAGACGCUGGACCAGUGCGCGCAACUGUUCACAGGUCAGCCGCUAUACGAUCUGUGCAGCUUGUUCAAGAAGUGGCUGCGGAUAUAUGCAGAGGAGGUGCUGGUUGCGAGCAUGAAAAGACCAUCAACUUUCGGGAGAAAGUCCAUGGACACGCGCUAUGAUGUUUCUGAACUCAAGAGCGCGUGUACGCUCAUUAACACCGCAGACUACUGCCAGACAACGGCGCUCGAGCUAGAGGAAAACAUUCGCGCGAAGUGCGACGAGGCGUACAAGGAGCAGAUCACACUACAGGACGAGCGCGAUCUCUUCGUCAGCGCAAUCUCUGCCGCUAUCAUGAUCAUGCUUCGCGAGCUCGACUCUGCGUGCGACUCUGCGCUCACGACGCUCUCGCGCACGCCCUGGGCGACAGUGAAGCACGUCAGCGGCCAGUCUGCAUACGUCGAGCCGCUCGUCAAGGCGAUCGAAGAGGUCGCCGAGACGGUCAAACCGCUAGUCGAGCAGAAGAAGUACUUGCGGAACUUCUUCGACAAGGCCGCGAAUGCGGUCCUGGCGAAGUUCACGAACGCGCUGGUUAAGAGUCGUCCAUUGAUGGAGACGGGUGCUGAACAGCUCCUGAUCGAUCUACAGGCUAUCAAGGCUUGUCUACUGAAAGUCCCAGGAGAGGCAUUGCUUACUACCAAUUACACCAAGAGCAUGACCAAACACACCACUCGACUAGAGGCCCUCCUGAAAGUCAUCGUAACACCAGUCGAUCCAACGGAAGGGUUCAUUUUGAACUACACGCUAGUGAUCGGCGACGCCUCCUUCUCCAACUUCCAGAAAAUCCUCGACCUCAAGGGCACGCCCAAGGCGGAGCAAAACGAUCUGCUCGACUCCUUCCUCACCGUCACGAGCACGAAGACCGAGCUCGACAGCACCUCCUUCCUCUCCUCCCUCGACAUGGACCCCGGCCAGGUCGCGACGCUCACGAGCCCCGGGAGCAGCAGGGUGUCCCUUUUGCCCGGGGGCGUAGGCGGCGAGAGCAUCAUGUCCGCGCUCACGCCGCCGCCGCUGGGGGCUACGUCGUCGAGUGGGGCAGACACGCCGCCUAAGCAGGAUCAGGGUCGGCGGGAGGUGUUCUCGGACUUCAAGCGUUUCGUGAGCUUUGGGCUAAGGCGGGAGACGAUGCCCAUGUGAUGCGAAUCCAGAACGUACUUUACCACAUCACUAUUUUCUGCAGGGAAUAUAC